ACUCCCUCACCCUCUGCAGGGAUGCCUCGGAUCAUGAUCAAAGGAGGGCUGUGGAGGAACACGGAGGAUGAAGUUCUCAAAGCGGCGGUCAUGAAAUAUGGGAAGAACCAAUGGUCUCGGAUUGCUUCUCUCUUGCACAGGAAAUCAGCAAAGCAGUGCAAGGCCAGAUGGUACGAAUGGCUGGAUCCAAGCAUUAAAAAAACUGAAUGGACCAGGGAGGAAGAAGAGAAGCUUUUGCACCUGGCCAAAUUGAUGCCAACCCAGUGGAGAACCCUGGCCCCCAUCAUUGGCCGGACAGCUGCUCAGUGCUUGCAACACUAUGAACUUCUCCUGGAUAAAGCUGCCCAAAGAGACGGUGAAGAAGAGACAGAGGAUGAUCCACGGAAACUGAAACCUGGAGAGAUCGAUCCAAAUCCAGAAAGCAAACCAGCCAAGCCUGAUCCCAUUGACAUGGACGAGGAUGAACUUGAAAUGCUCUCCGAAGCAAGAGCCCGGCUGGCAAACACACAGGGAAAGAAGGCCAAGAGGAAAGCAAGAGAGAAACAGCUGGAAGAAGCCAGGCGUCUUGCUGCCCUCCAGAAGAGGAGAGAACUUCGAGCAGCUGGCAUAGACCUUCAGAAGAGGAAAAGGAAGCGAGGAAUAGACUAUAAUGCAGAAAUUCCAUUGGAAAAAAAGCCCGCGCCGGGUUUUUACAACACUUUGGAAGAAAGUUAUCCCACACUGGAUGCUGACUUUAGCCAGCUAAGACAAGAAGAUCUGGAUGGGGAGUUAAGAUCCAAAAAGGAAAGCAGAGCUAGGAAGAAAGACCAACAGUACUGGAAAAGUAAAAAGGAGGCAGAUUUACCAUCAGCUAUUCUUCAACCCCCAGGGAUAUCCGGAUUUACCAAAAAGAGAAGCAAGUUAGUCCUUCCUGCACCUCAGAUUUCAGAGGCAGAACUUCAGAGAGUGGUGAAAGUUGUCCAGGCAAGUGAAAUUGCCCGCCAUACAGCAGAGGAAUCGGGCAUAGUGAAUUCUGUUUCCAGCACCCUUUUGUCUGAGUACCAUGUCACCAAUGCAAGCAUCGCCCUGAGGACACCCAAAGUUCCAGAAGCCCAAGAUGGAAUCUUGAAAGAAGCACAGAACUUACUGGCUCUUACCAACGUUGACACCCCAUUGAAAGGGGGUCUUAAUACACCAUUGCAUGAGAGUGACUUCUCUGGUGUGACUCCACAACAACAGAUCAUCCAGACACCAAACACAGUCUUGUUCACCCCAUUCAGGACUCCUCGUGGAGCUGAAGGGUCCACUCUUCAAGUGGGGAUGGCUCCUAAGCCCCUUGUUGGCCCUACUCCACAGAGAACAUCUCUACGGGACAAACUAAACAUAAAUCCUGAAGAGAGCUUGGCAGAUUACAAUGAUCCCUCUUAUGGGAAGCAGAUGGAGAGAGAAUCUCAGGAGCGUCUCCGUUUAGGGUUCUUGGGCCUUCCAACUCCCAAGAAUGACUUUGAGAUUGUUUUACCAGAAAACGUUAAGGAACUAGAAGACCUUGAGAUUGAGGAAACCUUUGCAGAAGAUGCUGCUGAUGCAGAUGCUCGAAGGCAGGCUAUCCAAGAUGCAGAACAUGCAAAAGAAAUAAAACAGAUGCACACAGCUGUUCAGAAGGGUCUGCCAAGACCUUCAAAAGUAAAUGAAGCAAUCCUAAGACCCUUACAUGGAGGACCACCACUAGCAGACCUAGAGAAAAGUGAAGAACUCAUUAAAAAGGAGAAGAUCAUAAUGCUUCAUUAUGAUCUUCUCCAUCAUCCUUAUGGAGAACAUGCUGGAAAUAAAAAGGGGAAACCUCGAGGAUUUGGAAGUAAUAGUACCCAGCACAUAACUUACCUAGAACUCAACCCCUAUGAAAAUUUCUCCAAAGAUGAACUGGACAAGGCUCAAGACCUUUUGACACAAGAGAUGGAAGUCAUAAAGCAAGGAAUGUGCCAUGGUGAGCUGUCAAAUGAAGUUUAUAACCAAGUGUGGGAAGAAUGUUACAGUCAAAUUUUAUAUCUACCCAGGCAGCACCGAUACACACGAGCCAACUUGGCUAGCAAGAAGGACAGGAUUGAAUCACUUGAAAAGAGGCUUGAAAUAAACAGGGGUCUCAUGACCACGGAAGCUAAGAGAGCUGCAAAAAUGGAAAAGAAGAUGAAAAUUUUGCUUGGGGGCUACCAGUCUCGGGGGAUGGGACUAAGGAAAGACUUGAAUGCUUUAUGGGACCAGAUAGAGCAUGCCUACUUGGAGCUUCGUACUUUGGAGCUGCUAAAGAAACAAGAGGAUUCUGCUAUUCUAAGGAGGCUGGAGUGUCUAAAAGAAGAUGUCCAGAGACAGCAAGAAAGAGAAAAGGUACUUCAGCAAAGAUAUGCACAUUUGCUCCUGGAGAAAGACUUUGAAGCCCAAAUGCUGAAAACUCUUUAGUCUGUUCUCAUAGAAAGAAUUCCAUGCUGAUUAGGACGAAAGAAAGGAUUGGAAGCUGGGGUGGAAAGGGGACGAUUCUUGAUUAAUAAUCCCAUUUUCAAUGAGGGAAAAUGUGGGGAAGUGAGUUACAAAACCAAAUAAAAUGUAUUUAUAUCUUAUAUUAACACAUAGUAACUGGGUUACCAGAUUUCUUACUAGCACAAAUUCCAAUUCAAUACUGUGAGUAU